AUGACUUCUGCCCACCAAGUAAAGAUCCUGGACGUUCACCAUGUCACCCCAUUCUUUACGCCACCCGAGUUUGCGACGGAGUUAUCAGUCCCACUCACCUUCUUUGAUAUUAUGUGGUUGAAACUCCAACCAGUUGGAUACAUAUUCUUUUAUAAACUCACCGAGUCAACACCAGCUUUCUUCAAUUCAGUAAUCCUUCCCAAACUCAAACAUUCUCUCUCUCGUACUCUCAUUCACUUCCUUCCUCUUGCUGGCAACAUCACUUGGCCGCCACAGGCCACCAAACCCACAAUUCUAUACACUCCAAAUGAUGCUAUUCAACUCACGGUUGCGGAGUCUAAUGCUGAUUUUGAUCAUCUCUCAGGCAAUAACAUCCGUGAAGCUAUCAAGUCACAUCAUUAUCUACCUGAGUUGCCUGUCACUGACGCAAAAGCUACAGCUAUGACUAUGCAAAUAACAUUGUUUCCCAAUCAAGGCUUUUGCAUUGGAAUGUCUUCACACCAUUCUAUCCUUGAUGGCACGAGCUACUCCAUGUUUAUCAAAGCAUGGUCCUACAUAAGCACACUUAGCGAUAACGAGAAGCAGCAAUAUCCAACUUUGUUGCCAGAAUUAACACCGGUUCUUGAUCGAACAGGUAUUCAAGAUCCUGCAGGGUUUGAAAAGAGGUUCUUGAACGCCUGGUUAGGAGUAAAAGUUCCUGGUCAGGAUCCUAGUUGCUCUAGAAGUUUGAAGCUUUUGCCAGUUAUAACGCCUCAGUCUAGCUUAGUACGAGCAGUGGUCGAGGUAUCUCGUGAGCAAAUAAACAAUCUUAGGGAAAGGGUUCGCACGCAAUUCGAAAAGAUCCACGAAGAAGAUCCAAAUGAAACAAAGCUCGUCCACAUGUCCAGUUUUGUUCUCCUCUACGCAUAUGUGGUGAUUUGUAUGGUUAAGUCAAAGGGGUUAGAGAAAAAUAGAAAGGUUGUUUUUGGGUUCCUCGCAGACUGUAGAGCUCGUUUAGAACCUCCAAUACAUGACAAAUAUUUUGGUAACUGUCUUUAUCCCUUCGCUGUAGAUACAGAAGCAGAAGCUCUGCUAGAGGAGAAUGGGUUUGCCUGGGCAGUAGAAAGACUGGGUGAUACUAUCAGAAACUUAGAGAAAGGAGUUCUUGAUGGAGUAAAGGAGGCAUUGGCAACAUAUAACAAGACAGCAAGGCCAGGCGCUGCAUUACUUCUUGGUGUUGCUGGGUCAACUCACUAUGAUGUUUAUGGAACUGAUCUUGGGUGGGGGAGGCCAGAAAAGGUUGAGAUUACUUCCAUAGAUCAGACCGCAGCAAUUUCUAUGACAAAGUGCAAGCAUGGAAGUGGAGUCGAGUUUGCUUUAGUUUUGGAGAGGAAUGAAAUGGAGAAAUUUAUGUCUCUGUUUGUUGAUGGUGUUAUUUAA